GGGUACGAUCGUUCUUCUUCAACCUCCAGCAUACACAUUCCGACACCCAACAACCUGGCAGCUUUCACCAGUGUACUACGCUCCUUUUUGAAAGUUCUUAUCAGUGGUUACACUUUCGCACUCGAUGGACAAAACCAAAUCUAAACUCGCGGCAUUUUUCGACAAUGAUGAUGAAGAGACUUCGUUCCCACAAAAACCUGUAGAUGACCAUAAACUUUCUCAUUAUACGCAAGGACUUGUGCGCAAGUCCAAGCGGGAAAGGGAGAAAGAGGCUGCGGAAGCCAAACGCAAGGAGGAGGAAGCCGAUGCUGCAAGGAUCUACGCUGAAUUCUUGAAUGCUUUCGAGGGUGAAGAGGCUGAUCGUAAGAAGGGAGGAUCGAUGUUUGUGAAGUCAGGCCAAGAGGCCGUCUACACGCCCUCAGCGAAGCCACCCCGCGCUCCCAGGAUGUUUGAAGAAACAGCAGCACCUCCCUCACCUCCGCCGCCGGUUCCCAAACCGAAAGGCAAACGUGCAAUGGAUUCGUUUCUUGAAGAAAUCAAGAGAGAACAAGCAACUCGUGAAUCGAAAUAUGGUCGACAAGCUACUCAUGGCCGGUCGGUGACAGCCUUAGCUGCAUAUGAAGGUCAAAGCGGAAGCAAGGAUCGCGGGGACCCAGAGACUUCAAACGUCUUUGUAGCCAACCUACCCUCACACGUAACCGAGCAGAGUCUCGGAUACUUCUUUGCUAGAGCCGGUCCAGUUGGCUCUGUGAAAAUAAUGUGGCCUCGUAGCGAUGCAUCACAAGGCGUUGGUGCAGAAAUGACAGCAUCCAGAAGAGCAAAGAGUACAGGUCUCAGUGGCUUCGUCUCCUUCAUGAAGCGCAAGGAUGCCGAACGCGCCCUUCGUGAGUUUGACGGCUUAGAUUGGGGUGGUUCUGUCUUGCGAGUAGGCUGGAGCAAGGCCGUUCCUAUUGCCGCCAAGCCUAUGUAUGUUUCCAACAAACCUUUUUCGCCCUCUCGUUCAAGGUCAAAAUCACCACAUCACCACCGAAGCCGCAGUCGGGAUCGCCAUCAUUCAUCGAGCCGAUCCCGUUCACGCUCCCGUGAAAGAGGACAUCGUAGUUCCCGACGGUCACGUAGUCGCUCCUACAGCCGUUCACCAUCUCCCUCGCGUUCUCGUAGGAGAAGGUCACAUAGCCGGGGUCGUCGUUACGACAGUCGUUCACCACGUCAUCGGAGGUCUCGUAGUCCAUACGAUCGACCGGACGAAGAAGACCAGGUCACUGAUCAAUUCCUUCGAACUGUCGCUGCUGAAGUAAGAGGACAUGACACCGAGUAUGAGGAGACUUUGCGAGAGAGGGAGAAGUCGAAUCCGAAGUACGCGUUCCUACACCGAGAGCACCGCCGGAAUCGGUACUACCGGUCACUUUUGGGGCAGAAGGAAGAUAUCGAGCCUGAGUUCGAUGACGAAGGCUACAACUCCGUUUACUCCACUGACUCUGCUGAAGAGUCUGAGAGGGAACGGGUACGGAAGAAUGAACUGGGCAGACUCGCAAGAAGACGAUUCGAGGCUAUGCUUCGUGCACUCUCUGGACGCCGAGGCGAGAUGGCAAGAUGUAUGGCGUUUAGCCUUGAGCAUGCUGAGGCAGCUGCAGAAGUGGCCGAUAUCAUCAUUGCUUCGCUCUUAGUUGAUGGUACUCCGGUUCCAAGGAAGGUCGCGAGGUUGCACCUGAUCUGCGACAUCCUGCAUAACUCGGCAGCUCCGUUACCCAUGGCUUGGAAAUUCCGUCAGGAGUUUCAAUCCCGUCUCGGGAUAGUUUUCGAUCACCUGUCCACCAUUUACCAUUCAUUCCCCGGGCGUAUCACAGCUGAGACGUUCAAGAAGCAAAUCAUCUCAGUCGUGGAUAUCUGGGAAGACUGGAUUGUUUUCCCUCCGGACUUCACAUCCGAACUUCGCGCAAGGUUGGAAGGUGCCACUAUACAGGACAAUGAACCGCAGGUGACCGAGAUUACGACUGAGACCAAAGAUUCCACCGCCGCUUUCGUAUCAAAGUUCAAAGCAAGCUCCUUCAAGCCAGCAGCCCAAGUUGAGGAGGCUGCCCCUAAUGUCGAGGACGAAGGCGAGCCCAUGGAUGAGGGAAGCGAUAUAGAUGGCAUGCCUGUGGACGAUGUUGAUGGGGAACCACUCCCUGCUGAUGUGGACGGUGAACCCCUCAAUGACCUGGACGGCGAGCCUAUGGAGGACCUCGAUGGUCAACCCAUAGCAGAUGAAGAUGUUGAUGGAGAGCCCAUGGACAAUGAUCUUGAUGGAGCUCCCGUUGACGUCUAAUUAUUUCAUGUACAUGUAUCGAUACAUUUCCCUCAUUCCAUUCAUGCUCUGCUAUCGCUAUCAUUCUAUUUCUUGUGUAUUGUAUUAGUGGUUAUCACAUCUUCUGCACCAUUAGGUCAUGCAAUGAGGUAUCAAUUGUUCGCGGUUAGCUAUGUAAUCCCAAUCCUACCCUUACAGUGCAAAAAAAGCAAAACGAUGAAUAACAAAGAAACUAGGCGUCACGACG